AUGGGUAAAAAAGUAAAGAAGGAAGUAGAGCCUCCGCCCAAGGAUGUGUUUGAUCCUUUAUUGAUUGAAAGCAAAACAGCAGCAACGGUGGUGCUAAUGCUUAAUUCUCCUGAAGAGGAAGUUUUGACCAAAGCAUGUGAUGCUCUAUAUAAAUUUGCAUCAAAAGGUGAUGAAAACAAAGUGACACUUCUUGGUCUUGGAGCAGUGGAACAUCUGUAUAAACUCAUCUCGCAUGAAAAUCCAACUGUACGCAGAAAUGCCGUCAUGGUAGUUGGCAUCAUGGCUUCUAAUUAUGAUGUCAAGAACUUACUGAGGGAGCUGGAUGUCACAAAUUCACUUAUAUCACAGCUGGUGCCAGAAGAAGAUGUAGUUAUCCAUGAAUUUGCUACUCUCUGUCUAGCACACAUGGCUGUCGAAUAUACUACUAAAGUACGAAUCUUUGAGCAAGGUGGUUUAGAACCACUUAUCAGACUGCUGGGUAGCCCUGAUCCUGAUGUUAAGAAGAAUUCAGUUGAAUGUAUCUACCUCCUGGUGCAGGAUUUUCAAAGCCGUGCUGCAGUUUGUGCACUGAAUGUAAUUCCACCCUUGCUGGAGCUACUGAAAUCUGAAUACCCCGUUAUUCAGUUGUUAGCCCUUCAAACCUUAGAAGUAAUUAGCAAAGACAGAGAAACCAGAAUAAUACUGGGAAAAAAUGAAGGAUUAGAUUGUCUUCUGAAGAUACUGGAAGCAAAUGAAUUCAGUGAUCUACAUGUGGAAGCGCUUGCCGUGUUGGGAAAUUGUCUUGAAGAUGUACAUAUUCUGCAACUGUUCCAGCAGAGAGGAGGCCUUAAAAAGCUGCUCUCGUUUGUAGGAGUCUCUGCUGUUCCUGAUAUUCAGAAGAACGCAGCAAAGGCAAUUACCAAAGCAGCUUAUGACUUUGAAACCAGAAAAAUCUUAAAUGAGGAAGAGGUUGAGAAGUCUCUCAUAAACCUUUUGGAAAUUGAAAACAAUGGAGUUAAAGUUGCUGCUUCCCAAGCAAUUUCUGCCAUGUGUGAGAAUUUAGCUAGCAAACGUGCCUUUGGACUCCAGGGAAUUCCGCAGCUAGUACAGUUGCUAAGCAGUGACAGUGAAGAGGUAAAAGAAGCUGCGGUGAGAGCAUUAGCUAAUUUGACAGCAGCCAGUCCUAGUAAUGCAAGUGCUGUUGCUGAGGCUGAAGGAAUUGAGCCAUUAGUAAAUACCUUGAAUGCUCAGAGAGAUGGAGCCAUUGCAAGUGCUGCCGCAGUGCUAACAAAUCUGGCCGUGCAAGAGGCAUUCCGUGUAAAAAUCCAGAGCUGUGGUGUUAUGACUGCCCUUGUAGAACCACUGUGCUCAACCAGCAGCCAAGUGCAAAGCAAAGCAGCGUUCGCUGUGGCUGCGUUUGGUUGUGAUGCUGAUGCAAGAACUGAGUUAAGAAAUUCAGGUGGACUGGGACCACUCGUUGAAUUGCUGCAUUCUAAGAAUGAAGAAGUCAGAAGAAAUGCCUGUUGGGCUGUUCUGGUCUGUGCAAGUGAUGAGCUGACGGCUGUUGAACUAUGCAGGCUAGGUGCUUUAGACAUCCUAGAAGAAAUCAAUCUAUCAACAGGACGUAAAAACAACUUUAGUGAAGCUGCUCUAGAAAAGCUACUUGAUAACAAUCUUUCCCAAAAGUACAGCCAGAUGGGAUAUUUAUCAUCUAGUAAUGUCAUUACUGAUGGAUUCUAUGAUUGUGGUCAGAUAAAACCUGGAGUGAAAUUUUUAUCUUUGGAGGAACUGAGUAUGCAAGAACUUACUGAUCGUCGGGCCAUAAUCCUCGUUAAUGCUAAACUACAAGAAGAAGAUUUUUUGGUAGAGGAGAAGGCACAAGAUUCAUCUUAUGAACAGACUAUUGUGUCACUUUCUAUUUCAAGGAAAGGCAGUAAAGAAAAAGUAAGUUCAGUGGUAUCUCCAGUGGAGGAAAAGCAGGAGUUAUCUGGACAACCGUGUUCCCUCAGCAAAAGCAGCACUAGAGAAAAAGGCUUAAGAAAAGGGAAGGGGAAAAAAGAAGAGGAAAAAGCAGAAGAAGUUAUUCAGAUUACAUCUAUGGUCCAGGAUGAAAAAAAUCUAGAAAAUUCACAUUGGCCACCUCCACCUGACCUCAUUUUACUGGAUUACAUUAAUGAUGCUUCCAGAACAAUUCUGCCACUAACUACUACCCGGGAACAGGUUGUGGCUCUUGCACAGUUUGUUGCAGACAAGAUGGGUGGCCCGACUGAAAGAAACAAACUACAUGACUUCAGCUGGGAACUUCACAUAAGUGAAAUAGAAUUUGAACUGAAAUGCAAUGUUGUGCCUAUUGGGAAAGUCAAAAAAGGGACGUUCUACCACAGAGCUUUACUUUUCAAGGUGCUAGCAGACAGAAUUGGUAUUGGCUGCAGUUUAGUUCGUGGCGACUAUAACAGAGCUUGGAAUGAAGUUAAAUUGGUUGAUGACUCUUCUCAAGGAAUAAGCGGGCUUCUGCUUCCUCCUCAAGAAUACGUUGUAGAUCUAAUGUUUGAGCCAGGCUUUUUGAUGAAACAGGGAAGUGCAGAGGCAGAUCAGUACAAACGUAUUUAA